GGCUUCCAAUUGGGGCCCGCCGAAUUGUCCGCGCGCGGCGGAGGGGGCGGGGAAAAGUCGGCUUUGAAUAAAAGCGCGGGAGAAAGCGAAGAUGGGCGAUCUGCUUGCAGCUGAAGUUGGGGUUGGGCAGAAGAUGGCGGCGGAGGCCAGGGCUGGAGAGCUCCUGGCUCAGAUGAAGGACGUGCUGACCUCCGAGGGCCAAAGCAAAGAAGAAGCAGAGACACAGAUCCCAGCCCGGGUCUUGGCUGAGCAUGCAGUGAACACCAGGAAGACUCACAAACUGAUGUACACUCAACUACAAGUGAUGAAAUUCCUUCUGGAUUUCCUUGACUCAGCCCCCUGUAUCCAGGAGGACUCUAAUGCAGCUGUUCGGAAGGAGAUGAUAGAGGCAAAACAGCAGUGGAAGGCGCUCAAAGCAGAGUACCAGCAGCAAGUGGAGUUGAUCAAGGGGGCUGUGCCUCCCCUAUUGGCCAAACUGAAAGAAGGGGAGAAGCGGUCCCAGCUCUUGGAGAGUGCCUUGCAGCGCUAUCAGGCCAAGAAACAGGAGAUGGAAGACAAGGCAAAGAUUGCCCGCUCCAAGCACCAGAAAGCACAGCAGAAGAUUUUGUGUGAGCAGCAGCAACAGCUAGAAAGACGUGUCGCAGGGCUACAGGAAAAGCUACAGAAGCAUAGGCAAGAGCUGCAAAGCCUGCAGGGAAUUGUGGAGGAGCAAGAGGGCCAGGUUUGUGCCUGGAGAGAGAAGCUUCAGAGAAUGCUUGACCUCCAGAGCCACUUGGAGAUUCUGCGUGGUGUAAAAUUAAUUUCUGUCUCAGAGACCGAUUUGGAGAUUGAGCUGACCUCUCCUUCUGAGCCCAAGACCUCUGAUCCCCACCAUCUGAAGGUGCAUUUACACUGGGCAGAUGAUGGCACUGUAACACUCCAGACCGACAACCCUUUCUUUUCUGCCUCUGACCUUCCCGUGGGCACUGCCAGUACUAUCAGAGGUGUCGUCUUGGAGCUACAGCAUAAUUUCUUCCAACAGGCACAGCUUCUGUCUGAGAUUGAGUUGCUGCAGAACUGUUUUGCCAUUGACUGGCAGCAAGAGAAGAGGCUGUUGCAUUACCUGAAGCCAUCCUCCACUUGUAGUCUCUAUGUAGAGCCAGGUUAUGCUGCCAAUGGAGAAGUCCGCCUCAUUUCUGUAAAGAGUCAACAUGGCACAGUUGAUGUGACUUCCUACCGGCCCCCACAGGAGAAACCUUCAUUGAUGAACUGGCUGGUAUAUCUUAGUACAGUAGACUUCAGUGCUCCUUUCCUUGCCCAAAAAGCUGACGAUGUCUGUGCAUCAUGACAUGGAAUUGGGACUAGAAUGUUUUUCUGAAGGGAUACCUCCCUGAAGGUGUGAGAAAGAAAUUAGAUUUAAUUGGCGCCAUUUGCAUCCUUCAGGGGUGUUGCACUUGUGUAUGUGUAUAUGACUAUGUUGCCUUUAUCUCUCAUGCUACCUUUUCAGCAUUAAAUUUCCUCUACCUUGACUAAAUCUUUCUUUCCUCUCACUCUUCCCUUCUGACUACUCUUCCUUAGUUUUUCUGUUAGUUAUGAGUUCAGUAAAAUAUUAUGUGGAUGUAAACAGAAUAAAACAACAUUAUAACAAUAAAUUAAAAGGCAUCAACCGGCAACCAAAA